UGUCUCACCAGCACAAACCUCAUUGCCCGCAUCAACCAUGUCGCGCGAAUCAAAUAAUAUAGCUGUCCUAGGCCAAACAUUACACCAAAGAGUGGCUUCAAGUCGUGUUUUAAUGGUUGGAGCUGGAGGAAUCGGUUGUGAACUGCUUAAAAACCUCGUCCUCUCGGGAUUCAAAAACAUAGAAGUGGUGGAUUUAGAUACAAUUGACCUCUCAAAUUUAAACAGACAGUUUUUAUUCCAGAAGCAGCACAUCAAAAAAUCAAAGGCACAUGUCGCGAAAGAAUCAGCUCUAAAAUUCAACCCAGCCGCAAAUAUAACAUCACAUCACGCUAAUAUCAAAGACAAGGAGUUCAGCGUUGAAUGGUUCAAAGGAUUUGAUCUUGUUCUCAACGCUCUUGACAACCUUGAUGCUCGGCGGCAUGUAAAUAUGAUGUGCUUGGCUGCGGAUGUCCCUUUGAUCGAAUCUGGUACAACUGGUUACUUGGGCCAAGCUUAUGUCAUCAAGAAGGAUGUCACUGAGUGUUUUGACUGUACGCCGAAAGUCACGCCUACGACAUAUCCAGUCUGUACUAUACGAAGCACUCCCAGUGCUCCAAUUCACUGUAUCGUUUGGGCAAAGAGUUACCUAUUUAAUCAAUUAUUUGGAAACUCAGAAGAGGAAGAGGAAGAAGCAUAUCAGAAAGAAACAUCUGACGAAAAUGCUCAAGAAAUAGAGGCUCUUGCAAGAGAAACCGAGGAGCUGCGGAAGAUAAAGGAGGCCAUGGGAUCAGAUGAAUACGGCAAAGCAGUAUUUGACAAGAUUUUUACGGGAGAUAUUCAAAGGCUUCUAAGUAUGGAGGACAUGUGGAAAAAUCGUACCCCACCAACACCACUUUACUAUGAUGAGCUAGCUGCUACUAUGCAAGCUCAAAUGACAUCUGAUGUCAAUGGGCUCAAAGACCAACAUACAUGGAACGUCCGAGAAUGCUUUGAUAUGUUCGUGGACAGUUUGACGAGACUUUCGACGCGAUUGCUUGAUGCUAAGAAAGAUAAUCCCACCAACAUUCUUGUGUUUGAUAAGGACGAUAACGAUGCGAUGGACUUUGUUACCGCAGCCAGUAACUUGCGAUCCACCAUAUUCAAAAUUGAACGCAAAAGCAGAUUUGAUGUUAAAUCCAUGGCUGGUAAUAUCAUCCCGGCUAUUGCAACUACCAACGCAGUCAUUGCUGGUAUCGUAGUUAUGCAGGCAUACAAGAUACUCAACGGGCAGUUAUCACAGACCAAAAGAACUUACCUCAAGCAAGUGACUCGACGUCCGGGAUUACUUGUACUUGAAGCCAAUUCUGAACCACAAGCAGACUGUGCAGUAUGCAGGACGAGGAAUAUUGGGCUCAAGAUUGAUAUUCAUCAUACAACACUUCAGUCUCUGUUGAAUAACGUUGUCACGGCUUCCACAGAGACCGGAGGUCUUGGUAUGAGCGAGGAAGUCACCAUCUUAGAAGGAGACAGAUUAUUAUACGACAUUGAAUUUGAUGAUAAUGCAGAGAAGACAUUAGAUGCGCUAGCAUUAGAAGAUGGAAAGAUUCUUAAUAUCAAAGAUGACGAAGUCGAUGACGAUACCGGGGUUAAUCUGGUUCUCCAGCAUGCAACAUCGGUAACGCUCAAAAAUGGUGCAUCCUUCGAGCUUUCUGGACCUACACGACCGGCGAUUAUGGAGCCAGAGUCUCUUGGAAAGCGUAAGCGAGAAGAAGGUGACGAGAUGGCCAACCAUGCCAAAAGAGCAGCACUUGGCAAUGGGUCAGUUCCAGCGGCUUCCACAUCACAAGCAGACAAUGGCGUUAUUGACCUUGACGACGAUGAAACAGCCAUAGAUGAAGAUGGUAGAACAGUGAAGGUUUGGGUUCUAGAAGAUGACUGAGCGGACAUUGUAGAAUACUAUGCUCGCUCAGAAUAAACUCAUCCACGGUUAUAACAUAACUACUUUGUAUAUA